AUGGCCACUAAACAAGCACUCUGUGUGGGAGGAACCUCUGGUAUCGGAAGAGCUCUCGCUAUUAAAUUGGCCUCACAAAAGAUCAAUGUUUCCAUCAUGGGAAGAAGUGAGCAGGCAGGGAAGGAAAUUAUUGAGGAAAUGCAAAAGUUAAAUCCCCAAGGUAAAUUUGAGAUGAUUAGUGUAGAUGCAACACUUAUGAAGGACAUUGAGAGAGUUUGUGAGGAGUACAAGAAAAAUCAUGAUCGUUUGGAUUAUUGUGUGCUCACUCAAGGAAUUGCAAAUAUGGGAGCAAGAACAGAAACUAAGGAAGGUCUUGAAUUUAAACUUGCACUCCAUUAUUAUGGAAGAAUGUUGUUCAUUAGACAAUUACAGGAUUUAUUGAGAUCUACAUCCAAAAAUUCAAAUGUCAAAGUUCUGAGUGUCCUGUCAGCUGGAAUUCACUCCUACACUCAUAUGGAUGAUUUGGAUUUAAAACAGAAUUAUACAUUGAAAAAUGCAGCAGAUGCCUCUGGAUUUUACAAUGAUUUGGCAAUGGAUUCUCUAUCAAGGGACGAAGGAAAUGAGAAUAUUGCAUUCAUGCAUCAAUAUCCUGGAUUCAUUGCAACUCAAUGGGGACGUGAAUUGUGGGCUCCUUUGAGAUGGGCAUGGAAUGUUGGAACUAUGCUUGCUAGAUCUCCUGAACAGUAUGCAGAGUACACUUUCAAUGCUGCAUUGAGUGAAGAAAAGAUUAGGAAGGGUUUCUACUUAUUGGAUCAGUAUGGUGAGCCAAAGGGUGUAACGAAAAAUCAUACCGAAAACUAUAGAGAAAUUGUGUGGAAACAUACACUUGAAGUGUUGAAUAAGGUCCUUGGCAAGUAA